AUGGCCCCUCUUAAUGUUUGCAUGGUUGGUACUGGCGAGUACACGACAGGUUUUGUUGGCGGUGGUGCCUCGGGCUCGGACAAGAAGGUCGGUGUUGUUGGCCUGACACUUUUCGACUUGAGACGACGCGGCAAGGUGGGCAACUUGAGCAUGGUGGGAACUUCAGGAAACAAGUUCCCUGCAAUUCGCGAGCACCUGAACCAGAAUAUCUCACAGGUCUACAACGGCCUCGACACGUCUUUCGAGUCGUACCCUGCAAAUGACCAACGCGAUCCUGAAGCCUACAAGAAGGCCAUUGACGCACUCUCGCCUGGCGAUGCUAUCACCAUUUUCACACCUGACCCAACGCAUUUCCCCAUUGCCAUGUACGCUAUCGAGAGAGGCAUUCACGUCAUGAUCACCAAGCCUGCUCACAAUGUCUUUGUCUACAUCGAGCACCACAAGCGUUUCGAUCCUGCCUAUGCAGACGCUCGCCAUCGCGCUCUCAAGACCCUGGGCGAAUUCAAUUACUUUUACAGCUACAUGUCACAACCCAAGUCCCAACUCGAGACUUUCAAGGCAUGGGCUGGCAAGGAGUCUGACAUUUCAUACUAUCUGAAUUCUAGUAUGGUUCCUGAUUACAAGCCUGUGAAGGUGACCGGCAGCGCUAGCAAAGGCAUUGCUACCGAUCUGGGCUGUGUCGAAGAGACUGAGGACACAAUCACUCUCCUCGUCGACUGGGAGAAGAAGGAUGGAAGCGGAAGACGUGCUACUGGUGUCUACACAGCGAGUUGGACCGCACCGCAAAAGGCCGGUGUUCACAGCAACCAGUACUUCCACUACAUGGCCAGCAAGGGCGAGGUUCGCGUCAACCAAGCCAAGAGAGGCUACGACUAUGCUCCCGACGAGUCAGGCGACUUUGCUGGUCAAGGAGGUUACGGUUACGUCUCCUUCGAGAAGUUUGUUGAUGCAAUUGUCGCACUCAAGGACGGAAAGGCAUCUCUAGAUGACCUCGACAAGCGUGGCCUGCCGACAUUGAAGAACACUAUCGCUACCGGAGCCAUUCUCGAGGCUGGCAGAAGGAGUCUGGAUGAGAACAGGGCAAUCAAGAUUGUCGAAAAGGAUGGUCAAUGGGAGCUCAAGUAG